GCAGACAUUUUGAAGUUGGGUUCAAAAGCUCUAUUGGUUUCUAAAUUUUUAUUGGUUUAAUUUUUGGGACGUUACUAAUAAAUAGAAGCAUGCUGUUUUGUUCAUUUCUAUCAUCAUCAGCAUUUUGAGCUUUAUUUUGAGUAGGGUUGUAGACUUGUAGAGAUGUCUUUGAAAUCGAGCUUGUCCAAAUCCAAACGACUCCAAAACAUUGAGGAAGAAAACGUUGUGGAGUGGAUUCCGGCGGUAUCGUGCCCUCAGCCGGAGACCCCGACCGAGUCGAUGGAGUUUCUGGCGAGGUCGUGGAGCGUGUCGGCCGUCGAGCUCUCCAAGGCUCUUUGUAGCACCCACGGCGAGGAGAAACCCGGCCAGCCCGACCGAGGAAGCUCCUUGCUUUGUAAAAAUCAACCCUUAUUAGCCUCGGAGAGCCCUCCGGAGUCGCCGCGGGAGAGCGACGAGACUAAGGAGCUACUCCUACUGCAUCAAGCCCUCAAUCCGGAGUUCGUAUCUCACCAACACCUACUCUCCAACGGGACAUACAGAGCGAUGGUGAAGAGGAAGACGAUGGGGAGGCGGAUCAAAGACCAGAAGGAGCGGAAGAAGCACGAGAUUCGCGCUCACAACGCUCAGCUCCACGCGGCCGUAUCCGUCGCCGGGGUCGCAGCCGCCGUGGCGGCGCUCGCGGCCUCGUCGCUGGCCACGCCGGAGAAAUCGAACUCGUCGGCGAAAGCCAAGAGGAAGACUUCCAAAAAACCCGCCGCGAUCGCGUCCGCCGCCGCGCUCGUCGCCUCCCACUGCAUAGAGAUCGCCGAGGAUUUGGGGGCCGGCCGCGAUCACAUCCUCGCCGUCGUGCACUCGGCAAUCAACGCGAGGACCAACGGCGACAUCAUGACCCUCACCGCCGCCGCCGCCACAGCGUUGAGAGGCGCCGCCACGCUACGAGCGCGGCUGCAUGGAGAGAGCGGCGGCGGCGCCGCCGUGGCUUUGGCGGAGGAGAGUGGUUGGGGCUGCAAGGAAUCAAACAUCUCGAAUUUGCUUAAUUUCGUAGCUAAAGGUGGCGAGCUUCUUAAGCGCACAAGAAAAGGGGAUUUACAUUGGAAGCAAGUGUCGUUCAACAUAAAUUCCAAUUGGGAGGUGGUGGCUAAGUUGAAAAGCAAACACAUUGGAGGCACAUUCACCAAGAAAAAGAAAUGCGUGGUCUCGGGCAUAUACAGCGACAUCCCGGCAUGGCCGGGGCGCGAAGAGGAGGAUGCAGGGUACUUUGCGGUGCAAACUGCAGAUAGAGUGAUUGAAUUUGAAUGCAGAAACAAGGAGGAGAGGCAGAUUUGGGUUGAAGGCAUACAAAAUAUGUUGCAUUUGCAUCUUGUGUGACAUGACUAUAUAUAUAUAUAUAUUUGAAGGGGAAAUGUGAAAAUUGGCAAGAUUUAGAUCUUGUCACAUUAUUUGGGUCCAUAUUUAUGGUGAAGUGACAAAAUUUAAGUGAUC